AAAAGAAGCAGCGUUGUUACAAUUAGAAAUAUAUGGGUAAUCUGCACGUCUCGUUGAAUGGUGCGACACCUGUUUCGUCGGGGAAAAGGUCCAUUAUGCAGAUUGCCCCGGUCCUCGCAGCACGGCAGCCUCCCGCUCAAAAUCCAACCUCUCUCAUUCGGAAACAAUUUCCAAUCGUGCCUCGGCCGGAUUAUAUAACGAGUUGGCCGAGAAUCGAACAGGUAUCCCGGGCGACGAGACGCGGGGGGGUCCUCUCCCCCCACACCGACCCGACCGCUGGCCACUUGCUCUAGGCUACUCGCAAUCAGUUCGCUCCAGGCCUUCUUACGCGCGAUCCGCGGUACUACCUUCGCGCGUAGGCAUGCUUAGGUGAUUUUUGUUGUGGGUGCACCUCGAUUAUACCAACUCCCCCUCGCGAUAAUUAAAAAAGGAGAGAAUAAUAAAAAGACGGUAGCCGCGUACGUCGUCGCGGAAAUGGACGCGCACCCGGAUUCGCCGGACUCCCUGGCCAGCGAUCAACUGACUGUUGAUCUGUUGAACAGCGCCGGUGCCAGGACGAAAAGGCGACGGAUCGUCGUCAGCGACAUUGACAUCGAUAGGAGGGAUGGCACGCCCGACAUUGCCGCCAAAAACAAUAACAACGACGUCGGGUUCGUGCUCAUCGAGGAUGAGCAACACGAAAAUGGUACCACCGAAGAUGAAGACGUCGAAGAAAGGCUCACAGCGAGCGGACACGGUUCGCUGGCCCUCAGCGGCAGCAGUCCUGGUUACGGGGCGGGCGGAUCAGGCGCCCACCACCGCGGCUCCGGCGGUCUGCACCACGCCUCCGCGGCGGCGGCCGCCAUGCAGCACCAGCUGCCCCAGCCGGACUUCCAGCCGCCCUAUUUCCCACCGCCCUUCCAUCAUCCACCCAGUCCGCCGCCUCAGCAACACCUCGACUACCUCGCCGACCCCUACGGCGGCAUUUCUACGUUACAUCACUACAACCAGCUGGGAUUGAGGCCGCGCGAUGGCGAUCCGAAUCACACGCAUGUGGGUCAACUUGGUCACGGAGCGAGCUUCCCCUACAGCGCGACACCAGGGGGUGGAAGGCCCGAAUACACUGUGGCACCUCAAAGACAUGAUGAUUCCCUAUCGCUUCAUCAAGCCUUGGGUCAGGCUGUUGAAGAGGCUCAGGGAGGAAUCGAUGACAACACAGGGUUCAUUACGGAUUUGCCUUUGUUGAAAGGUAUGAAGGGUGGCAAAGACCACGGAGGUGGUGCAAUGGUAUCGCCCAGCGAUGUAUUUUGUUCAGUUCCCGGACGGCUGUCCCUGCUCUCCUCCACAUCCAAAUAUAAAGUGACUGUGGGCGAGGUACAGAGGCGUCUGUCACCGCCCGAAUGUCUCAAUGCCUCAUUAUUGGGCGGCGUGCUGCGACGUGCCAAGAGCAAGAACGGCGGUCGCAUUUUACGCGAGAAACUGGAGAAAAUCGGGCUCAAUCUGCCGGCAGGACGUCGAAAGGCAGCGAACGUAACGCUGCUCACGUCGCUGGUCGAGGGCGAGGCGAUACAUCUAGCCAGAGAUUUUGGAUACGUCUGCGAGACUGAAUUCCCAGCCAGACAGGUUGCAGAGUACCUGCUCCGACAACACGGAGAAACACCCAGAAGAAAGGAACAGCUCCAGGCGACCAAACAGAUCACCAAGGAGCUAAUGGACCUUUUGAAUCAAGACCGAUCUCCGUUAUGCAAUACACGGCCACAAAUCCUCCUGGAUCCCUCCAUACAGAGGCAUCUUACCCACUUCUCUCUUAUCAGUCAUGGUUUCGGCAGUCCAGCUAUAGUGGCAGCCCUAACGGCCAUCCAAAACUUUCUCAGUGAGUCGCUCAAGCACCUCGACAAAGUGUUUCCGAACCAGAAUACACAACAGGGUCAGCCCAUGCUAGUGACUUCGUCGUUAGACAAAGCUAAACUUGACGACAAAAAGUGACGGUUUUGUACAGUGCCCCCCAUAUCCAAGACAGUACUUUACUUAAGUGUUGUGAUCUGAAGAUGACGCUGUGUGACGUUUGAAACGUAUUUAUCGUGGCGUUCUCUUUUUGUUUGUUUGUUUUGAGACUUUGUUAUAUAAGUAUUAUUCUAUUUGUUUUGUAUUAUUAAUAUUAUUGCCGAAUGAAAUAUAUUUUUUUUCAGACAGUGCCAAUGCCGACUAUGUAUUUAAAUUUUGGGUAAAAUAAAAAAAUCAAUAUCAAA